CAACACACAUCAGUGAAGAGCUUGGGACAUGUUUACUUAGGGUUCCCGAAUUUCUGAUUCAAGAGUAAAAAAAUGGUCGACUAUUCGCUUUACCUUGUCACGGACAACACCCCCGCCAUUCUCAAAGGCCGGGACCUGGUGUCUGUCGUCAAGGAUGCCGUUGAAGGAGGCGUUACCAUUGUGCAGUUGCGCGACAAAACUAGCGAUACUGGCGACAUGAUCAAGAUCGCAAAACAGCUGCACGAAGUCACCAAGCCGCACAAUGUCCCGCUGCUUAUCAAUGACCGUGUCGAUGUCGCCCUAGUUGCUGGUGUCGAAGGCGUACACAUUGGUCAAGAUGACAUUGACCUCGCCAGCGCUCGCAGAAUCCUUGGAAAAGACGCCAUCAUCGGCGUUACUGCAUCCUCGGUGGAAGAGGCUCUCCGCGCCACUGAGGGCGGCGCAGACUAUCUCGGCAUAGGCACCGUAUUCGCAACACCAACCAAAGAGAACACCAAAUCCAUAAUCGGCACGUCGGGCCUCCGAGACAUCCUCACCGCACUGACAAGCUCCUCGAACCCAUCCAUCCCAACCGUCUGCAUCGGCGGCAUCAACGCCUCCAACACGCAGCGCGUGCUCUACCAGUCCGCAACGCCCAGCAAACAAAUCGACGGCAUCGCCAUCGUCAGCGCCAUCAUCGCCGCCGCCUCCCCCAAACAAGUCUCCGCCUCGCUCGCCACGCUCAUCAAAACGCCCCCGGCCUUCGCCGCAGCACAAACGGCCUUCCCGCCCCUCUCCCCCACCAGCAUCCGCACGCACGCCUCCGCCAUCCUGCAAGCCCUCGCCAGCACCACCCCCCUCAGCCACAACAUGACGAACCAAGUGGUGCAGAACUUCGCCGCCAACGUCGCGCUCUGCAUCGGCGCCAGCCCCAUCAUGUCGUCCAACGGCGCCGAAGCGGCAGACCUGGCGCAGCUGGGCGGCGGCCUCGUCAUCAACAUGGGCACCUCCACGCCUGACAGCUUGUGCGCCUUCGCGCAAGCCCAGCGCGCGUACAACGCUGCGGGUGGCCCCGUCGUCUUCGACCCUGUGGGCGCGGGCGCGACGGCCUUGCGUCGCAGCGCCGUGAAAGAGCUGCUUGCCGCCGGCUACUGCGACCUCAUCAAGGGGAACGAGAACGAGAUCGGCACGGUGGCGGGGACGGGUGCCGCGUUGCAGCAGCGGGGCGUAGACAGCGGGACGAGCCAUCUCAGCUUGCGCGAGAAGGCCGCGCUAGUGCAGCGCGUGGCGGCGCGCGAGCGGUGCAUUGUGCUUAUGACGGGCGCGGUCGACGUGCUGAGCGACGGGGCGCGCACGCUGGCGGUGCGGAACGGCCAUGCCCUGCUCGGCGCGAUCACGGGGAGCGGGUGCGCGCUAGGCACGACGCUGGCGGCGUAUUUGGCUGCGGGGCGGGAGUGCAAGCUGCUGGCUGCGCUGGCCGGCGUCCUGCAUUAUGAGAUUGCGGCCGAGCGCGCGGCACGCAGAGACGAUGUUAGAGGCCCGGGGACUUUUGUGCCGGCGUUUUUGGACGAGCUUUAUAGGGUUAGGGGGGAGACGGUGGAGGGGAGGUCGGAGUGGUUGGAUGGGGCGAGGGUCGAGGAUGUUACUGUGGGGGUGUGAGGGUGCGGAUUAGAUGUUUGCUGUAUGUACAUGGCGCUAAGCAACAUUUAGGCUACAUGAGAUCACUACCUAGAAAGCGGUGCUUGUUCAGUCAUUGACAGCGUCAAGGUAGCUCGGCACAAGGCAAAGGUUCAAGCUAUAAAGCUGCAGUUGGCUUCCCCUAUAGCGGGAGUCAGUGACUGCAGGUUGCUGAGAGGGAUACAUUCAACAAGUAAAGCUACAGGGCCCAGAUAUUAUCACCG